CGGUGCCCCGCAUAGACGGCGCGCAUCUCGUUCCGUUGACGGUGGCAGUCGCAAACGAGCAUUAACGCGGUUUGGAUGCUGGCUGGCUGGAACCGUUCGGACGCGUACGUAGCUUAAGCUGUGAAGUGUGCGAGUGUGCGAGUGGUUGUGUUAUUUUGCCCUUUUGCAAGCCCGACAACUGAUUCGUAGCUUGCUGUAAUAGCUCAAUCAUUCACAAUGGCACAACCGCUGGUCAAUUCCUGCUGCCGGUGCUACUCGCUCCGCAGUGGAUCUAUCGCGACCGGCAUCGUCGGCAUACUGCUGUCGAUCAUCUCCAUCAUACUGAUCUUCACCGUGCGGAUCGACUUCAAAACCAUCCUGAUGGACUGGCUGCCCCAGAACGUGGUGAAAAUCAUCUACGCGCUGAACCUGGUCAUGACCAUCUUGAUCUCGCUGCUGAUGAUCAUGGGCGUGAUGAAGAAAAACCAUUUCUUCAUGAUGCCGUGGGUCGUGCUGGGGCUGAUGCUUGCGAUUGGGCUGCUCAUUAGCGUGAUUUACAAUGCGGUCGUUUACUUCAUCGAUGGCUACAUUUUGGGUGGUUCGCUUUGGCUUGCGAUUGGGUUGCUUGCUGUUGUUAUAUACGUGUACCUGUGGAUCGUAGUGUAUAGUUACUUUGUGUCGUUGAAAAAUGAAAACGAUCGUGGCCGUUACUCGAAGCAACCGUAUCGCCGAUAGAUGCAACCCAGUUUGUUUGCUGCUGAAACGCAUCACAAAUCGCCAUCCAUCUUUUAAUCGUUGUACUUGAGUUUUCCCCCCUUUUAUUAAUGUUUAAUCAAUAAUAGUUUGCUGUAGUAGCACAAUCAGAUUGUGCACUGUUAGUCAUUACUGUACAUAAUUAGGAUGAUAGUAGUUCUAAACGAACAAACAAAACAAAAAUAUAGUAACAAGAAGGAAACUAAAUUUGUGAAGCAAAGUGGAACAAAAAGCAAAAACAAUGAUAGAAUGACAAGUGCUUAACCACUACUGCUGUGUUUUUUUAAGCGUGUGCGUUAACGCUGGAGAGAACUAACUUAUUUACACUUACACACAUUUUUGCUGUUUAAAUAUUUCUUUUUUUUAUUGACUGACAAACUCUCGGUGUACUCAUUAAAUAUGGUUAACAACUGACUUACUGA